AUGGAAAUGGUUUUGGAACAAUUGGGGGUGGAUCUUCCUUUGUGUUCCUUGAAGAUGUUCCAUGAUAAUUUCAUGGAAUGUGAGGGGGCUAAAAAAAGCGGAUCUGAUGGAGGGGAAAGGAUGGUUAAGAAGCUUAGGAUGUCCAAAGCCCUCACUAUAUCUGAGGGGACAUCAGUUUCAGAUGCGUGUCGGCGAAUGGCAGCACGGUGCGUUGAUGCUGUUUUGCUGCCUGAUUCAAAUGCUUUGUUAUCGGGAACUAUGACUGACAAGGAUAUUGCUACUAGAGUUAUUGCCGAGGGUUUGUGGCCAGACCAAACAAUGGUGUCAAAAUGGAACAUUUGCACGGGUUACCAUGCUUCAUAUUACAUAAAGAAUCCUGCUAUACAUGAUAUUGUAACAUUUCGAGAUCCAACACAGCAUUCUGGAGAGAACACACAUAUUUUUAUCAAGAGAAUUGUUGUGAAAGAAGGAGACACUAUUGAGGCAGUAAAUGUUCAUCAUGGAGUACUCUAUGUCAAUGGUGUUCCUCAAGAGGAGAAUUUUGUGAUAGAUCCACCGACAUACACAACGAAAUUAACUCAUGUGCCAAAAGGCCAUAUUUAUGUUAUGGGCGAUAAUCGCUAUGAUUCACAUGUAUGGGGACCACUUCAUAUGAAAAACAUAGUUGGAAGAUAUUUUCACGAAAUAUCAUCCUUCAUGUUUUCUAUAGUAACUCAGUAUUAUAUUUUUUUUGUGUUCAAGUGUAGACACCAACCAUGAAGUGUAGACAUUAAUGAUGAAGAAUUGAGUCUUGAAGAAUAGAAGACAAUCAAAGAAAUUGCUCCAAUAAGGUAGAUAUAGAUUAUUUUAUGGCCUAAAUGUUAUAUAGAAACCAUGAACACAUUUUUCAUAUAUGAUUGUUAUGGUAUGAGAUUGUUAUAUCUGAA